AUGGGCGGCUACAAGUACGGAGUCGUGGUUGAUUCGGGCUCGCUGGGGUCCAGAGUCCAGAUUUACAGGUGGGAGGAUCCGGGCCAUGCUAAGGAGCUGGCGCUGGAGGAUAGGCUCAGGUCGCCUCCUAAGAUAAGUCAGGAACAGGGCUGGAGCUCGAAGAUCACGCCUGGAGCUUCUACUUUUGGUGAAAAACCGGGGAAGAUCUGGAAACAGCACUACAAGAAGCUUAUGAAGUUUGCUGAAGACGUGAUUCCAAAGGAUAAGUGGCACGACACGCCAGUGUACGUGUUGGCUACGGCUGGAAUGAGACUUUUGCCUGAACAACAGCAGGAGAAGAUUGUUUCUGAGACGUGUAAGGCGCUUCAGAAACAUACAGACUUUAAGAUUGGCUCGUGUUCGGACCAUGUUCAGGUUAUUGACGGUGCUACUGAAGGUAUUUAUGGCUGGUUGGCGCUCAAUUACCUUAUGGGUAAGUUUGAUAACUUUGAUAGUCUGGCGGUGGAACAUGAACUGAUUGGGUUUAUGGAUAUGGGCGGUGCGUCCACGCAAGUGGCGUUUGUGCCUUCUCCAGAGGAGAUUGAAAAGCACGACGAAGACUUGUUUAAGGUUCUUCUUAGGAACCAGAACGGAGAGCUCCAGAACUGGCGGGUGUUUACAGGAACGUGGCUUGGUUUUGGUGCUAAUAGGGCUAGAAAGAGGUACUUGGAUAAUCUUAUCUCGCUUCUUUUGUCUACGAAUGUCAAGUAUACUGGCAAGAAGGUCAAUGAUCCAUGUAUGCCCAAGGGCGCUGAAAUUAAGGACUAUACGUACGGCAACAAGCAGUAUUUGAUCAAGGGAACGGGUAAUUACGAGGUCUGUCUUAAGGAAAUCUACCCCUUGCUCAUGAAGAACAUGCCUUGCACUGACGAGCCAUGUCUUUUCAACGGUAUGCAUGCUCCAAAGAUGAACUUUGAAAAGGAUAAGUUUGUGGGCGUUUCUGAAUACUGGUACACUGCCAAUGACAUUUUUCAUAGCGGCGGCGAGUACAACUUCCACAGUUUCAACGAUAAAGUACGGGACUACUGUGAAAGCAGCUGGGAAACCGUGCUUGCCAACUCCAAGAACGGCGAAUACUCGAAUUUGGGCGAGCUGUUCUUAUUAGACGCGUGUUUCAAGGCGUCGUGGGUUAUCAACAUUUUGCAUGAGGGAUUUGGACUCCCCAGGUUAGGUAUAGAGGUUGAUCCCCAGGACGAUAAAGAAACCAGUGACAUGAAAGACGUCCAGCAGGCGCAUGUACCUUUCAAGUCUGCUGAUUCUAUCGAAGGCGACGAGCUUUCAUGGACUUUGGGUAAAGCUCUUCUUGUAGCUUCUUCGCAAGUGGACCACGAGAAAGGAGCUGAACAAGUGGGCAUUACGGGUAGUGCCUUAUCUUUGAAGGCUGGGUACGACAGCGACGGCGAGGGAAUCCACUCGUAUGCUGUUUUCUACCUUUUCUUCAUCAUUGUCAUCUUGGUGUUUGGCUUUUUGGGCAACAAGCUAGGCUACUCGAAAGUGCUCAGAAAGGUUGUUCCUUCGAGGAUUCCCGGCCCACUUACUCGGAUUCUCUCUGCUGCUAGAAACAGAAGUCCUCCCGAAGUGAAACGCUACCUUUCGUCGGCCAUCAACUACAUCAAGCUCCAAGAACAAGAAGACAUUAACAUGGACUUGGAAGGAGGAACACACUUUGUUUCUUCGUCGCCCACGCUUGGCGACGGCUCUCUGUUGAGAACCAGGUCAACCAUCAACUUGGGCGAUAUGGAUGAUACGCCUCACCAGGUUGAUUUUUUCAACAAACCGUUUGUGAACCCCAAAAAGGGACCUAUUUAUAACCAUCGCAACGAAAGCAGAGACUCUCUUCACCGAGUUUCGAGUCUUGGUUCGAUGAAGGGCAGGCAAGGAUGA